UUCUCAAGCCCUUUCUCUUGGAUUCCCCUUCUAUUGCCACGGUAAUAGCUGAAAUCUCUCAAUUCGCAGCGCAAAACGUUACGAGCGAAUGAUGAGAUCUCACGGCAUCGCUCCCAACGCUGCCACCAUCAAGCCAGCACCUUCCCGCACUGCCAAGGCCGAGCGCCGCGAGUCCAAUGACCGCCCCUCCAAGAAGCGCAAGGCUGAUGCUUUCAUCGAAGACAACGCUGCCGCCGAUGAUGACGAGGACUUCACUUCCAUCAAAGCCGAUCCAACCAACGAGAAGGACAAGUCCCAUGUCAAGGAGGAAGAGCCAAGCCAGCUUAGUCUCGGUGAGGCUGCUAACCUCAUGCAAUACUAUGAUACACCCUCCUAUAACAGCGCGCAGCUUGGUGGAGAUGAGGCUUAUCCCGGCAGCGACUAUGACAAUAACUCGGCGGGCUACGCAACCCCUCUCAGUGGUGUUUACGGUCUGCAGGCUCAGCAGUCGUAUGAAUUUCCAUACACCCCCACUGGCAUGAACACUGGUCCCGGUUCUUCCCAGGGCAUCCAUUAUCAGCCAAUGAUGCACUACUCAACUGACAACCAAGGUGGAUCUGAGAGCCCCGUCAUAGUCGAAUAAGCCGAGCAUUGAAGACAAGCUGCUGUGGGAUAUGC